ACAUACUUACAUACAUAUAUUUAUAUUUAUUCAUAUAUAUAUAUAUUUAUAUUUAUUCAUAUAGAUAUAUAUAUAUAUAUGUUUGUCAAAAAGCCCUAGUGAUGGCUCAGUUAAACAACAUGUUGGCUCUCGUUAAUGUGUUCUAUGAAGCUAUUAGUAAUAACGAUGCCGAGAGGGUUGAAGCCAUUCUGAAAUACUGUCGCGAGAACCACUGCUGUUACUAUCUGGAUCUAGAUAAGGCGGUCUGUGUAGCGGCUCGCAAUGGUGCUACGACUGUUGUGGAGAUGAUAAUUCUCGGAUCACGGCCCUUGCCUUCCCUAAUCCAUACAGACGAGACGGGUAAGAAAGCCAUUCACCAUGCUGUGUUAAAUGGCAGUUUGGAACUGGUGAAAAUUUUGACCAGGAAUGGCUCUGUUCUCAAUCGAUGCGACUCCGAAGGACAGACCCCUUUAUUGCUAGCAUGCAACUGUGGGUUCACAGACAUUGUUCGUUUCCUGAUUAGUGAGGGGUCGCAUGUAAACCUUUCUCGUAACCACAAUGACGAGAGAGCCCUCCACAUCGCAGCCGGUGCUGGUCACAUUGAGGUGGUCAGGGUUCUGUUGGAAGAGAGCCGAGCAAAUAUAGAAAUUCAAACUCUGUUACUUCAAGGAGGGAUGACCCCCUUGCAUAAAGCUGUAAGGAAUGGACACCUCGAUGUCGUUAGGUACCUGUGCGAAAAAGGUGCUAAUGUCGAGGCACGCGAUGUUGAUAACAAAAGACCGAUUCACAUGGCCAUAGACACUGAUGCUCCGCAGAUUCUCCAGGUUCUCAUUGACAACAAUGUCGACGUCAAUGCUACAGAUAAAUUCGGUUCAUCGCCGCUGCAUUAUGCCAUUCAAAUAAAGAGUUUGGAAAUGGUAAAAAUGCUUUUGGAAACGGAGAGGGUAAGCUUAAACCAGCCUAACAGAAGAGGAGAUUAUCCCUUACAUCUAGCCGUCGCUCGCAGAUCUGAAGCCAUCACCUUAGAAUUGGUAAAAGCUGGUUGCAAUAUUCAUGUGGUAUCACCGAACCAUGAAACACCAUUGCUGCAGGCAGCAUCUAUCGGUAGCUACGUGAUUGUUGACAUUUUGCUGCGACAGGGUGCAAAUGUUAAUGCGCAGAGCAAUGAUCGGUUGACGGCGUUGCACAAGAUACAGUAUGCACGGUGUAGCCGUGAAGAAUCUGAUAGGAUAAUCAGCCGCUUGCUAGAAUUUGGUGCCUACAUCAACUGCCAAGACAGUCGUGGCUUCACACCUCUGCAUUCUACAGCGUGCACCUGUGUUAUGGGGCAGGUGGUACCUGUCUCCUCUCUCCGGAUCCUUAUUGGCGCUGGUGCCAAAGUAUCACACCACAGUCCGAACAGAAACUCUCCACUUUGUUGGCUUGUCUGGAAUGGUUGCUUUGAAGCUGCACGUUUUCUGGUCCAAGCUGGUUGGAACCUAAACCAAGAAGGUUGGAUUGAUUUACCAGGCAAAACAGAAGAACAAUCACGAUUCCAUGAAUGGUUGAAAAGCAUGAGAUCCUCCCCUUGGACAUUGUCCUGUCUCUGUCGUCAGUAUAUUCGGAACUAUCUGUUAGGGAUUCGUGGUGACCGAGAGAUCUUGAGUUGCGUCAAAGAACUACCGAUUCCAGUCAGACUAAAAGGAUUCUUAACAUAUUCAGAUUAGGAGAGUUCUUACAAAACACACACAAAAGCCGCAUAAAUAAAUGGAAGAAAAAAAACUAUUU